CACGCGAUGACCCGCUCUCGCCGUGAGAGCAGCUCGAGCAGUUCGCCGACAGCCGACGGGUUCGGUACUGGGACCCCCGUGCCCAGCCCUCAGAGCCAAUCCUUUUCCCGAGGUUACGGAUCCAUUUUGCCGACUUCCGACCGGAAGAGGUUCCUCACGACAUCAGGUGGUGCGGCUUAUAAGGAGUCCAUUGUGGAGGAGACCAAGGCUAGUUUCCGAGGUAGUGAUGAGUGUGCUGCUAUGAUUGAGGAGCACGCAUUGGCUGUGGUUUAUAAGCCAUUACUGCGUGCUUGUCGCAAAUAUCUGCGCGAUGCGGGUGGGAUAAGCGAGGAAGUGAUUCGUGGGAUGGAAGCUGGCAUAUCCGAUGAAGAUGAGGAUGAGGUAGAUGUCAAUGGGACGGGCACAGAGCUCGUGAAUGACAUGGUUGCGGAUGACUCCACUGUGGGUACGUCUUCCGCUCGCGGUAGGGGAGUUUAGAUUUAGUUGCUAGGAUAGUUAACUUUCCCCUUUUAUGUUUAUUGCUAUUAUUUUUUUUUAUGGAUUUCGUAGUUUAUUUUUGUCGCUGAUGUAGAUGGGUAUGUCCACUACUAUUUCGUUUGAGUUUCUUCCUUGUUUGACUUUGAAGUUUAAUAUUUCGAUUUAUUUAUUUUGACAUUGUCAAAAAUUAAUGCGAUGCUUAUAUGUAUUUACAUUAGCAUAUACGCGAUGUACUUGAGGAGGGGAUCAGUCUCCCAAGGUUUUUGUUAAGGGUCGUGCCCUUUGUUCGGACCGCUUGGGUCUUAAAUAUAUUUGUCCGUGGCCACGUUUUAAAAUUAACACCUCGUGAAACAAAUAAAGGGACUCAGAUAAUCCAGCUGGCCAGGCUAUGUGGAUUGUCUAAAUCUCUCUAAGUGUUUAUAGGGUGGUUUUGAAUUAGACUCAUGAUGAGAUGUAAUUUGUAUCGAUGUGAAGGGACAGAGAGUAAAAUAAAAAUCGUGAUUUAUUCGAUGAUAGCAAAGGAGAAUUGUUACAAGCCUAUGUGAGGCGAAUUUAAAUAAAUAGCUAAUGCUAUGGGCCUACAUGAGGCGAAGGUAACUAACUACUACUAAAGCAAAUAAAUUGUCUUUAUAUAAAAAAAAAUUGAGUGAUUGUGCUACACUUGUUCUUCUUCCACGUCUUCCUUGUAUGCAUUCGUUUCGCUGUGCUGAUGGUUGGCUGAAUUCCUUUGGCGUCUCUAUGCCUGUCAGGUAUAAUUGAGGAAAAAGGAAUUUUGUUUAAGCAUUUGUAUCAAGGACUUAGUAAUUGUAGCUAAGGUGAUGUGCAUUGUCAAUUCACAUACCCUAACACGGGGAUGGUUUUCUUCCUCGCACUUCCAGAUAUGAAAUCAAUUCGUGAUUUGCUGUGGUUUGCUGUGUUAUUGUGCCUGUCAGAUGGAAUGAUUUUUUCACGUUAGUAAGAGUAAACGAAGGCAUGCGUGUGUUGUAGUCUAGCGGAGAUAUUGUUACCCUUGGCGAUGUGGUAUGGGGCGGCUUCGCUCUUUGGGCCAUUGAUUGAGCAAUAUGCGUCCUCUCGUAAUUGACUCUUACUCUGUUAGAAGAUGGUGAGAUGUGAAUACGAAUUGAUGAUGUAAGUAAAUUUACUAGCCCCCCAGUUUAAGUGGGACGUUCACGCACCUCGUAAUGUAGUAGAAAGUUUCCAAAGCAUAUAGAGACAAUUUUGCAAGACGAGUGACGUGGAAGACCGCGGACCCUGCAUGGGUCAUUUUUUGUAAGUAAUUUUCAUAUAGGGAGGGCAUAGGUGGUUACUUCAACGGAUUUAACAUAGGUAGAUGUAUACCUUAAGCGUAGAACCGUUUGAGGUUCCCUAUAUUCCAAGUUCUGGGUAUAGGGUGUCCGUCAGUGUUCUCGAGGCGAUAUGCUCCGGUGUUGACCACUUUGGUAAUUUUAUACGGUCCUUCCCACUUUGGGUCGAGCUAACCGAUGGGGUGGGAGGCUUCAGCUUUUCGGAGGACUAAAUCUCCAACUUGAAAGGAGCGAGGGCGGACCUUUGAGUUAUAUGCCUUGACCAUGCGUGAUUUAUACAUCUGUUGCCGGAUGUAUGCGAUCUCUCGUAGCUCAUCUACAAGGUCUAGGCUUCCACGCAUAGCUUCUUCAUUAGCUGCUGGAUCAUAACUGGUGAUUCUCCAAGAUAGUUCACCUAUUUCCACGGGUGCGAUAGCCUCUGUGCCGAAAGCUAGAUUGAAGGGCGACUCUCCGGUCGAUGCACGGGGGGUUGUGCGAUAAGCCCAUAGGGCGUUAGGCAAUUCUUCCACCCACUUCCCUUUGGCACCUCCAAGCCUUGUUUUAAGGUGUUGGAGUAUAGUGCGAUUUGUAACCUCUGUCUGGCCGUUAGCUUGCGGAUUUGCUACGGAUGUGAAGAAUUGUUUGAUGUCCAAGCCGAGGCACCAAUUCUUCACCUUGUCCCCGCAAAAUUGGGUUCCAUUAUCUGAGAUGAUGGAACGUGGGAUUCCAAAGCGACAUACGAUGUUCUUCCAUAGGAAUUGGAUGACUUCUUCUUCUCGGAUGCGUGCUAAGGGUUCAGCUUCCACCCAUUUGGUGAAGUAGUCUACUGCUACAAUUAGGUAUUUGCGUCCUCCUGUGGCGGGCGGGAAUGGU